UGGUGGUGAGGAUGAGCGAGAGCUGACCCUGCCGCGCCGCCGCCUGUGCUGUGAAGUGUCUGCUCCUCCUCCUCCUUCUCUUCCUCCUCCUCCCCGGCUGUGGGUGAACCUGCGCUACGGGCUCUUCACCGGCACGGGGGAGGCUGGUUUGUUUUGUGCAUUUGUUUAAGGCAAAGAGAGAGAAAGAGAGGUCUUCCACCCGCUGAAGCACAGUUCACUAUGAUCGUACUCGCAUCCAGCACUGGAAGCCGGUUGGAUUUCGUUUCUCAAUCCAGGGUGUUUUUCUUGCAAACCUUCAUUUGGAUUUUAUGUGCUACAGUGUGCAAAGCGGAGCAGUAUUUCAAUGUGGAGGUAUGGUUACAAAAGUAUGGCUACCUUCCACCAAGUGACCCCCGAAUGUCGGUGUUGCGCUCUGCAGAAACCAUGCAAUCAGCUAUAGCUGCCAUGCAGCAGUUCUAUGGCAUUAAUAUGACAGGAAAAGUGGACAGGAACACAAUUGACUGGAUGAAGAAACCUCGAUGUGGUGUGCCUGACCAAACAAGAGGUAGCUCCAAAUUUAACAUUCGUCGGAAACGCUACGCGUUAACAGGACAGAAAUGGCAACACAAACAUAUCACUUACAGCAUAAAGAACGUCACUCCAAAAGUAGGUGAUGCUGAAACCCGUAAAGCCAUUCGCCGUGCCUUCGAUGUGUGGCAGAAUGUAACCCCUCUAACAUUUGAAGAAGUUCCUUACAUUGAAUUAGAAAAUGGCAAAAGAGACGUGGAUAUUACAAUCAUUUUUGCAUCAGGUUUUCAUGGAGACAGUUCUCCGUUUGAUGGGGAAGGAGGAUUUUUAGCUCAUGCAUAUUUUCCUGGCCCAGGAAUUGGGGGAGACACUCAUUUUGACUCAGAUGAGCCAUGGACUUUGGGAAACCCCAAUCAUGAUGGAAACGAUCUCUUUCUAGUUGCAGUUCAUGAACUCGGACAUGCUCUGGGCUUGGAGCACUCUAAUGAUCCCACUGCAAUCAUGGCUCCAUUUUACCAAUAUAUGGAAACUGACAACUUCAAACUACCUAAUGACGAUUUACAGGGCAUCCAGAAGAUAUAUGGUCCACCUGACAGGAUACCACCACCAACCAGACCUCUGCCAACAGUGCCCCCGCAUCGUUCAGUCCCUCCAGCAGACCCACGGAAGAAUGACAGGCAACCAAAACCUCCCCGGCCACCCACUGGUGACAAACCUUCCUACCCCGGAGCCAAGCCGAACAUCUGUGAUGGGAACUUCAACACUCUGGCUAUUCUUCGCCGGGAAAUGUUUGUUUUUAAGGAUCAGUGGUUUUGGCGAGUCAGGAACAACAGGGUGAUGGAUGGAUACCCCAUGCAGAUUACCUACUUCUGGAGGGGACUGCCUCCCAGCAUUGAUGCAGUUUAUGAAAACAGUGAGGGGAACUUUGUCUUCUUUAAAGGUAACAAGUUCUGGGUUUUCAAGGACACUACUCUCCAGCCAGGUUAUCCUCAUGAUUUGAUAACACUUGGAAGUGGAAUUCCUUCCCACGGCAUUGAUUCAGCAAUUUGGUGGGAAGAUGUUGGAAAAACCUACUUCUUCAAAGGAGAUAGGUACUGGAGGUACAGUGAAGAAACGAGAUCCAUGGACCCUGGUUAUCCCAAACCAAUCACAAUUUGGAAAGGUAUCCCAGAAUCUCCUCAGGGAGCCUUUGUUCACAAAGAAAAUGGCUUCACAUAUUUCUACAAAGGAAAAGAGUACUGGAAAUUCAAUAACCAGAUGCUCAGGGUGGAACCUGGCUAUCCCAGAUCCAUCCUCAAGGAUUUUAUGGGUUGUGAUGGACCAACAGACCGAGAUAAAGACCGACACAGCCCUCAAGAUGAUGUUGACAUUGUCAUCAAACUGGACAACACAGCCAGCACUGUGAAAGCCAUAGCCAUCGUCAUUCCCUGCAUCCUGGCCUUGUGCCUCCUUGUCUUGGUUUACACUGUGUUCCAGUUCAAAAGGAAAGGAACACCCCGGCACAUACUGUACUGCAAACGCUCUAUGCAAGAGUGGGUGUGAUGUAGGGUUUUGGUUUUUUCUCUUUCCCUCCCAGGAGUUUGUGGUAACUUGAGAUUCAACACAAGAGCUGUUAUGCAGUUUCCUAGCUAGGAGCGGGCAUCUGUCAGUCGGAAGCAAAGCUGAUCUUUCAAACCCAGGGGGUUGCCUGUCCUGCCAUGAGUGGCGAUUCGCUCAGCUGGGAAGCUUCCAUGAUACACAGUAUCUGCUGUUUCUUCAGUCCUUUGUCUUUCUUUGUCAUUCAAUUCUAGGCCUUCCCUCUGCACGCUCAAUGCCCUAUAAACUAUCAGGAUUAACUAACAAAGAGGAAUAAAAAUAUCUCCGAUGUUUCUA